AUGCAGCGGACAGCGACUCUGCUCGCGCUCGCCGUGCCUUUCAUCUCUGGUCACGGCGUCAUUUCCAGUCCCCUGGCCGAGUUUGCGCCCAAUAUCAUGCGGACAACCUACGUGGCCAUCAUCCAAGCGUUCUUACCCGGCAAGUUUGACGACUCGCCGCAGACUAAUGUCGCCAACUUCAACAAGGCGUUUGCGGCCCAGACGCAGUACAAGACACUCCGGGAUUUGCUCGAUUUGCACGGCCCAGACUGCGGCAACACGCUGCCAAAUGUUGCUGCCAAGGCCAUUCCGUCUGAUGGCAAGAUGACGUGGAAGAACCCCGACACGGGCGAGGGGUUCAUCCCGAGCCACACGGGUCCGUGCGAGAUCUGGCUCGACAGCACGCGCGUGUUUCAAAACAACGACUGCGCGACCAACUUCCCAGCCGCCCCCGAAGCGCGUCUGCCCGUGGAUUACACAAAAUGUGGUCCGAACGGGUGCUUGUUGCGCUUCUAUUGGCUCGCGCUGCACCAGCCCCAGUGGCAAGUCUACAAAAACUGCGUGCCACUGCAAGGCAAUGAUCAGGGGUCGGCGCCCGCCGUUGCACCCGCACCAACGACGACACCGUCGUCGGCACCGUCGUUGAACGGCGGUCAGUGCUCCGACGUGGCGACCGGUGUCGACUACUUUGGCAACGACGUCGCCAACGUCUACGUCUCGGGCACCAACCAAGACAAGGUGUCUGCGUGCUGCAGCGCCUGUACGCAAAAGACCGGCUGCAAGGGUUUUACCAUCAACGGCGACACGUGCUGGCUCAAGAGCCAGCUUGUCAAUGCAGUGCCCUGUCUCCACUGCAUUUCGGCGGCGUUCGUUACCUCCACGCCGACCCAAGCACCGCUCUUGCCCAGCGGUCAGUGUGCGACGGUUCAAAAAGAGGUCGACUACUACGGCAACGACAUUGGGAAUCGGCGCGUCUCGGGGAGCAGCCACGACAAAGUGACAGCUUGUUGCAGCGCGUGCAGAGCGACCAGCGGCUGCAAGGGCUUCACCGUCAACGGGGAGACUUGCUGGCUCAAGAGCAAACUCGACGUUGCUGUGCCUUGCCUCCACUGCCUCUCAGCAGCGUUUAGCGGCGCAUACCCGACGCAAGCCCCGCCUCUGAAUGGCGGCCAGUGCGCCAAUGUGCAAAACGAAAUCGAUUACUAUGGCAACGACAUCGCCAACGUCCACGUCUCGGGCACCAACCAAGACAAGGUGUCUGUGUGCUGCAGCGCCUGUACGCAAACGCGCGGCUGCAAGGGCUUCACCAUCAACGGCGACACGUGCUGGCUCAAGAGCCAGCUCCUCAAUGCGGCGCCCUGUCGUAACUGCAUCUCGGCAUCUGCGGGCAGCGCAGCCCAGUGCGGCAGUAUUGCGAGCAACACCGACUAUUAUGGCAACGACAUUCGCAGCUUUCCAGUCCUCGGCGACGCGAUGUCGCAGCGCACGCAGUGCUGUAACGGCUGCGCAUCGACGAGCGGGUGCGUCGGGUUCGCGAUCAACAGUGGCACGUGCUGGCUCAAAAACAAACUCGCCAACAAAAGCAACACACCCGGCGUCGUCUCGGGCAGCUACACAACGUAUCGCUUGUAG